GUUCGACUGGUACGUUAUCCCUGUACUCAACGUUGACGGUUACCACUACACUCGUCCAGAGUCAGUGGGUCUGGUUCCUCUAGCAACCCCUGCAGUGAAGUUUAUAGUGGAGAAUACGCAUAUCAUGCGAAGGAACUCAAAAUGGUCACGGACUGGCUGCUCAACCUGAAGAAAAGUCAGACCUUUAUGAUCCACGUGGAUGUCCACAGCUUCAGCCAGUAUUGGGUCUAUCCUUACAGCUACACUUACAGUCAAUAUGAUAGGACCAGAGAUCAUGAUGACCUGGAACGGGUGGCCAAGGCUGCGACACAGGCACUGACAGCAGUGCAUGGCAAAAAAUACAAAACAAUGACAUCUGGAGACUGGUACCCGGCAGCUGGAGCGAGUGAGGACUUUGGAUACGAGAUCUUAGGGGCCAAAUACUCCUACACUGUGGAAAUGCGGGACACAGGAUAUUAUGGGUUUGAGCUGCCUGAGAAUCAGAUCAAACCUUGUGGAGAAGAAACCUACGCUGGGUUCAAAGAGUUGUUCCGACAGGUCCUGAGAGAGGUUUAAGCAUAACUUAGAGGGGUUGGAACAGGAACUGACAGUAAAGAAAAGAUUAUUAUAAAAUAAUCGAGAAAAUGUUAUUAAAUAAAAAAAGUAAACGAUACAGUUUGAAAGCAACACUACUGUAAUACUAAUGCAAUGGAACGCCGCUAUAACGAACACGACUGGGUCCACGCUAAAUGUUCAGUACCUCGGUCGUCAGGUAUAGCGAAAUCAACUGCCGAACAUUUCGUUACCAUGUUAAUUAAAUAGCGCCUUCUCUUGUCUAACUGAAGUGCACUCUCUUGUGAAACUAUA